UGAAUCCCGUGGGCGUAUAAUAGGAUGUGACUCGGUGGCGCGAUGUUUCUGCAAUUUGAUAAUGUAGUUUCAAAGAGCAGAUUUUAGCACUUCAUUGCCGCGCUCUCCACCUCCAAGAACAGUUAUAUGCAACAUAAAGAGCAACGCGGGAAAUAAUCACAUUUCUAGGAUAUUUCACAACUCAUCACAGAAUGAUGAAGGAAGCAGACACUAUAAAUCAUCCCUAUUGGCCACGCAACCUGUCCAUUCCCAACUAUGUGGCUAAUGACCGUUCAAUGUCAGAGAUUCUCAUAUUCCUGUUCUCUGUGUCCGGGAUACUGCUGCUCGCCACCUGGUCACUGACUGGCCGUAAGGUGUCUGGAAGCAGGCUUAGUGGAGGGAGGAGGUUAACUCUGUGCUGGUUCACUGUGUGUGGCUUCAUCCAUGGGGUCAUUGAGGGAUGGUUCUCUCUAUACUACACCAUCAUUCCCGAAGACCAGAGUUUCCUUUCUCAACUGUGGAAAGAAUAUUCCAAAGGAGACAGCAGAUAUGCAAUAGCGGAUAAUUUCACCGUUAGCAUGGAGACAGUGACCGCGUGCCUGUGGGGUCCCUUCAGUAUAUGGGUUGUUGUGGCCUUCCUGUAUAAUCAUUCUUACAGAUUUGUCCUGCAACUCAUUGUGUCUCUAGGUCAGCUGUAUGGUGCAGUCCUCUACUUCUUCACUGAGCACAGAGAUGGAUAUAUUCACAGCGAAUAUGGUCACCCCAUCUAUUUCUGGUUCUACUUUGUGUUUAUGAAUAUCUUGUGGAUUGUCAUUCCUUUCAUUCUUAUAGCGGACUCAUGGUGUCAGCUAUCUGCCUGUCAAUCCAUGUUUGAUAAAGCAGCACUUAAAGGAAAGUCGAAAAGAAGCUAGACCAGUAAAAAAAUAGAAGGGAUGUGAAAAAAAGUACUGAAAUACUGUAUACAAUACUUGGGAGUUAUGUGGAGAUAAUAUAUUUUGAAUGUAAUUUUAUAAUAAUACAGUGUCAUUCCUGGAAGAAAAUGCCAUAAGUGUAAUGUGUCAUAUUGAUUACAGAAAUGAAAAUUGAUUAAAUGCUCACAGUACUGCUCCAGCAGGGCUGCUUCAUAAUUACCUGUGUGUUUUUAUGACACUAUUGCACUAUAUCGGUUCUCUCUGCUCAGGUGCCUUUCUUACGUUUAUGUUGUAUGCUGUUAUCAAAUGAUUAUAUCUGAGAUUUUAUUAAAUGUUCCACCCCUUAUAUCACUGUCACCUGGCUGUUUUAUCACAUUUCAAAACACACACACACACAAAGAGACAAUAAAG